GUUUUUAUUCUUCUUUUUUGGUCGUUCGUGGCCUCUGUAUCGUUGUGCCGCUCCGCCUUGGUGGAGUUGGGCGGUGCCCCGGGUCCUCCCGGACUUGUCCGUGUGGCGGGGUCGGUCCCCCACCCCUGUAUUUUUUUUUGGGGGGUGCCAGGCGCGCCAUCUGGUUUUUGCCGUCGUGAUUUGUGCUUUCAUGUACUGGUGGUGGCUGCGCUUUUGUUUGCGGCACCGCGCGUUGCGCUCUGGCUGUGGGCCUCUGCCUCCCAUGGGGUGGGGUGGCCGCCUCGGGCGGGGUUUUACACCAACAUGCCCUUGGUAAUGAGGGCUGCCUUCAUAUGUCGCCAAGGUGUGGGGUAUAUGAAUUUAUUCAAAGAAACUAAAUGCACUCACUAA